AUGGCACCACCAGAGUCAGUAGCAUUCUCUGGAGCAGACAACUUUGUUUGUGGGACAUGUGGUAAAAAGUACAAAUCUCGCGACUCUCUAACCCGGCAUCGACAUAACCACGAAGGCGGCCCCCAUCAUGUCUGUCCGAUAUGCCAUUUGAACUUCCGGCGGCGCGACCUCCUCCAGAGGCAUUCUCGGAUCCACGACUCCGAAGAUGGACGAAGACGGGGUCAACGAGCCUGCGCUCGCUGCAAAAAGGCCAAGGCAAAAUGCUCCGGAGGCACUCCAUGCUCAUCGUGUCUCAACGCCGAUCAUCCGUGUUCGUACGAGCCCGAUAGCGAGACUGGACGCUUAAGUCGAAGGAACUACAUAAAAGAGUCGAAAUCUAGGCAGAUAUCAGUCGGCCGCUCUGAAACCAGCCCGGUAGGGACGAUAAGGAGUGAUACUCCUAGCUCGAAUUCAGCACUCAUAGAUCAACUCACCUCUCCAAUUGGACCCUGGGAGCUGUCAGGUUCCGAUUUCUCUUCGAGUUCGGACUUUCUUUCCAGUACGCAAAGGCUCGAAAUCGCAAGCGACUCCCUAGAUGCUGUCAUGGAAGAUAUAUGGCAUUCAGGGAAUUGGUUGGAACCGACCGGCUGGCCUUGGCGCCAUGAGGACCUGUAUGCUCAGCCAAAUCUCCUACUUGAUUUGGAGCACCCUGUGGAACCAACUCCAGAAGCCCUUUCUCUGGCCGUUGGACCCUCCCAAUUCCGCCUGGGAGCGACCUCUCAGAGAAUUGUUCCUAUCACCGAUAUCUCACACGUGGCUCGAUCCCUAUUACCGGUAGCACUGCCCCUCAACGAAAGUCAAACUCCAUUCUCCCCUUCUCUUCCUAGUGGGAUCCCGUCCAAGCCCGGGAAUGUGGAGAAAUGGGCAUCUACGAUCGAGCAGCUGAUCACCUUUGCUUUCAAUCAUUCGUCAACAGCUGCAUCGCGGAACGUGGAGAAACGAUCUCGAUUCUGGAAUUCAAUGUCGGCCACGGUGGCUGGGGUAUUUGGCAUCAACCAGUCCAUAUUGGCAGAGUCAGAUAUGCCUCAUCUCUUGCACCACUUUGUUAAGCUCUACUUUACAAGGUUCCAUGCUCUUUGGCCGCUAUUCUGGGUUCGCGGAUUCAAGUGCGACCUUGCACCACCUGUUCUAUAUUUGACACUGGCUUCCAUUGGAGCCAUGUACAGCGAGCGAUCGGGGAACAUCUUCGGACUGCACUUGCAAGACGCCCUGCGACGAGCUUUGGUCACAGCACCUUUGGAAGAGGAUCAGGACGAAUCUUUGAACUGGAUUCUUCAAUCCAUGUUAUUGACCAUGGUGGGAUCGUUAUAUUUCUGUCAAAAGCAAGGAUUCUCAAAUGCGCAGCACCUAGGAAGUAUCCUGAUCGCUCGGGCUCGCAAGAUGAAUGUCUUCAGCGAGUCGCGCCGGACAAAACGGCCCUAUGACGGAAACAGCGAAGAAAAUUACAUAUGCUCGGAGCUACCAACGGAUGCAUGGAUACGCUCGGAACUCAAGAAGAGGCUGGCGUUCGGUAUCUUACGAGCUGACAUAUUCUUAAGCAUCUUGCUCGACACCAAGCCUACGCUCUCAUCAGAAGAAAUCAAUCUUGAACUCCCCUGUCCGGACGAUACGUGGACCAGUGGAUCUUCCAAAUACGAUCAAGGCACCAGCCAGCUGUGGCAAUUACGGCGCCCGAGCGGCCUAUAUUUCUCGGACCUCGUGCGGAUUGCAAUGGAGUAUGAUGAGACUCUUCCGUCUCUUCACUUUGCUGAUAACGGCUUGAUUCUCGUUGGUCUUCAAGAGUCCGUUUGGAGAUUUUCACACGAUGCAGACAUGGCUCAUCGAUUGACCGGCAUUGACGACCUAAUCUCGAUACCACGAGCAUUGACAUCGGCACCAAUCAGUACCUCUGCCCUGGAGCCUCAGUCGCUCACACAAACGAUUCGACGGAUGAGCAACCUCCGCGAGGACUUCAACAGGACUAUCAGCGCCUUAUCACGAUGGAACCAAUCGUUCACCAGCAAUCAACCCAUACAGCCCAACAUGCGCACCCGCAGCACCCUCCUCGCCGCCCGGUUGCUUUACCACCUCAGCUUCCUGCGCCUCCGCGCCGACAUCCGUAGUCUCCACCUCCUCUCCUACGAAAUCGGCGGCAACCAGUCCUCCGCCUACCAAACCUCCGUCGAGCGCACCUACAAAUGGGCCAAAUCCGAAUCCGCCACCCAAGCCCUCGACCACGCCAUCGCCAUCUGGCGUCUCCUAUCCGAGGAAUCUACCCUGGACGAGACCGUCCGCGCGCAGUUCAACCUCAUGGCGCUCAUCGCGCUUCAUCAUGCCGCGGUCGUGGUCUGGGCGCUCGCGGGCAUCCAGUCUGAUUCUGAUCCUAUGAAUCAUCAAUUGAACCAGUAUCGAAGUCCAACUGGGCUUCCCAUUUCGCGGGCAUAUAGUCCGCAACUGCUUGGCAGCUUUGCGGAGCUGUUCAAGGCCAUCACGCCGGCAUGGACGGUGUUUUCGAGCUUUAGUGAAACCGCAUGGCGUAUGGCAAAAAGGUCCUUUCCCAUUCCAUCAUCUGUGGAGGAGCUAGUGUGAAGUUAUGAUUUCGAAUCGGUGAUGCUGUGCGAGACCGUGGGAGUGAUUUAUCCUAGAUGACCUCCCCUAAUGUCGUUCGUGGUGGCUGUCCAGGGGAAAAUGUUCGCCAGGCGAGUGAGAUAAUUUUUUCGGAUAUCUGUACUGUAAGUUCUACGUCGCUCUCGCAACGGCUAGUUAACAGAACUAUGAAUGUCAAUAUAAAGUUAUACACUAUUGCUCAGGGGGUGGAUGUGACAAUUCAAUUUUCCGGUUUUCGAUACCGAGCACACUACGGCAAUUAGCGGC